AGGGGCUUGCGGCUAGCAUAUUUUGAACGCAAUGGGCUGCGCAGUUGUGAAGGCGCGCAAGCCACAGCGUGGGCAUGGUUUGUCCUGGAAGCCCAUCCCACCUGGGAUGCAGCGAUUCCGACAGGCACCGGGCAUCCAUAGCCCGCCCAACUCCAAGGACAUCCCGCAGGCCCUGCCCUCGCGGCAAGCGACGCCUCGGCACUCGUGGCAGGGCCCCGACCAGGGCUUGGGCCCAGCGGCGGCGCCAGACCGCAGCUGCCACGAGCGCCACGUGGAAGUCUUGGAAAAGUUCAUGCAUUUGGUGCAAACCGUGCCGGAUGACCUCGAGAGGCUCGUGGCGAAAAGGCGCUCCCGCAUCAAGCCCGUGGAGGCCGACACAUCCAGGAAGGCAGCUGAUCAUUGGGCGAGUCCGCUGAGGGGGCCAAGGUGCCACACCACGGGGCCAAGAGCGGGGGAAAUGUUUGUGUGCGACGGUUUGAUGGCUUUUCCACCGAAGAGUCGUUUGCUUGGACCUGCGCCCUGAACUGCAUCCUGAACGUAGCUCAUCGCAAAAUUGAACCUGGGGCGGCAAGCCUCAAGUCGGGGUGGGGCCACUUUGAAGCCUCCAGCUGGCACUCGAGGAGCUUUGGAUGUGUGACCGUCGAAGAUUGGCA